AAGAGAAUGGAGAAGAGACAGAAAAUUAUGGAAAUAGAAGGAGAGAGACAGAGAGAGAUUGAAAGAGAGAUUGAAAAAGAAAGAUGUAAACAGAAGCAAAUAGAGAUGGAAGAGGAAGAAAGAGAAAGGGAGAAAGAGAGACAGAGAGAGAUGGGUGAGAAAGAGAGACGACAACAACAAGAGGAGAGAAAGAUAAUGUUUGAGAGAGAUCAAGAAGAAGAUAUAUGGAAACAGAAGCAAAUUGACAUGGAGAAGGAGGGAAGAGAGAGGGUGAACAAGAGACAGAGAGAGAUAGAAGAGAUACAGAGACGACAACAACAAGAGGAGAGACAGAAACAAAAAGAGAAGGAGAAAGAAAGGGAGAAAGGCAAUGAGAAUCAGAGAGAGAUGGAAUUAAAAGAUCAGCAACAGAAAGAGAUGGAGAGAGAAAAUAUGAUUAUGAGAGAAAGGGAGAAAGCAGGAAGAAGAAAGGAGGGGCAGAAAAAUAUUUUGGGGGAAGUUGAGGGACAGAAUGAACUGGAGAUAGAACAGGAGAGAGAGAUGGAAGAAAAGCAGGAAGUGAUUAAGGAAGCAGAGGAAGAGUACAGGGAAAGAGAAGAGAGAGGAAAGGAAGUAAGCAUGAAGAAACAUGUAGUAGUUAAUGUUAAAGCAAAAGCACGGGAAGUCUUCAAUAGGCGUAAAGAGAGGAGGUUAGAAGUGUUGAAGGGGGAACGAGAACACAUAGAAAGAGGACAACAAAUCAGGAGGGAGAAGGAGGAAAGACGGCUGGAGAUGGAAAGAAAACAGGAGAGGGCAAGACAACAAGAGGAGCAGGAUAAAAAACGAGAGAUUGAAAUUGCUAGACAGAAAGAAAUGUUCAGAAUUAGAGAGGAGGAGAGGCAGAGAGAGGAAGAGAGAGAGGAGCAGAGAAAGAGAGCCAUUGAAGGCCAUUUAUCUUUAAUCAGAGAGAGAGAGAAGAUUUUAGAGGUAAAGAAAAAGAGGAGAUGUCGGAAGAGGAAAGAAGGGAGAUGCUUGAGAACAAGAGGGGUGACUUAGAGGGCACUGAAGAGGAGGAGGAGAAGGAAGAUGACAAGGAGGACAUUCUCCCACCUGAUAAAAGUAUCCGAAGGAGAGCCGUGGGCUGGAUAAACAAGAAGUGGGAGAAGAGGAACCUCAAAAAGAUAGAGAGAACCUGUCAGAGAGAAGCUGAGGAGGGCGAUAAGAUCGUCCACAUAGUCAUCCCUGGACCCAUAAGGCUAACCAUGACCCGGGCAGAGAGAGAGAGGGAGAAGAGGAAGGAGCUGCUGGAGGCUGAGGAGAGAAGGAAGAAGUUGGAGGACUUCAAUAAGCAGUGGAGAGUGCAGUCGCUGCUUAAAAAACACACUCAUCAACAACUGAAGGAGGAGAGGGAGAAGAUGAAGGAAAAGUACCUGGAGCAGAUUAAUCUGGAGGCUGAUGAGCAAAUCCAGAAGUUCAGCACCCAGUACAUCACCCGGUGUCCAACCACCCAACACAGCCACGACUACAACCAAGGUCAGGAAUUGCCGGGGUGGGCGACAGGCCAACAAGUAAGCCAAGAGCCUGUUGCAUCUGGAGAUGGCCAGCAGGAGGGGCCAAGGAGGCAACAGGCAUGGGCAGAGAACCAGGAGGGGAGUUCAGAGAACCAGAAGCAGGGGACAGAGAACCAAUAGGAGGCGCCAGACAGCCAGCAGCGAGAAGCUCCAGAAGAGGUUGAAACAUCAGAGCCA